AUGAGCAACCUGACUGGAAUGAGUGUUGCCUCUCCGUGUGUUUUUCUGCUUGCCUUACUGGUAUCCCUCCUUGGAUCUUUGUCGCCAUGUGAAGCAUUUUCCACCCAAGUCAGCAUCCCCAGGAAUAUACAUCGACUCCAAAAUUCACACUUGCAGGCAUCGUCACAAGUAUUGGAGUUUGAAGAACCCACCACGGGAGUCACAGUCAAGCUAGUAGGCUGUAUGCAUUACAAUCCUGCCUCCAUCAAGCUGACCGAAGACACUAUUAAUGAGUUGGCACGCGACAACAAACUCGGUUCCGUGGUGAUUGAAAGCUGCGACAUUCGCUGGAAUCAAACCAAGGCAUUGCCACCCCAGUUUCAGUUACAAUCUGAAAUGAAAGCGGCUUGUGAAUUGGCCAUGGAUACCUACCAACGGCCCGUGGUAUUGGGAGAUCAGCGCAUCAAUAUUACCGUGUCGAGCCUGAAACAGGGAUUUAAAGAAACCUUUGUGGACUUGCUGACACCUUGGAAUGGUGGAUGGGGUCGCCUGGUGGGCAAUGUGACAUCUGCCCGUAAGGAGGCACUGCCGUUCGGAGACCCCUACCUGAAUGCAUUUUCCUUUUUGGAUCCCAAACUGCUCUUGGCAGCUCCAGUCUCCUUGAUCAAGUAUCCCCUCUCGUACCUUAUCAAGUCACCCAUUAAAACAACCAUUGCAUUGACGGUGCUGUUCCUGUUGGAUCAAGAAGCCGAUGCUACCAUGGUGACGGUGGAUGAAAUGACCACUGGGGAUUGGGCAGGAUCCUUGGGUGUCUCAUUGGCGGAGAUUGCCUUGUUUGGCAGGGUCUUUCUCAAAGAGCUUCUUGCCCAGCGCAACGUAUUGUUGGCCCGAAAUAUUUUGGAGCAAUGCAAAAUGUAUCAGGCGGGUGGACAGCCGAGAGCCACCAAACCGUCCUUUUGGAGCAUGUUGACGGGAUCAACAACUUCCAGUUCACAAGCCAUGAAUGGUGACACCAUGGAAGAAAUAAUCUACGUCCCAGGAGCCAUUGACUCGAACAACAGCAAAAACGACAAUCAAGAAGGAAAGGCGGUUGUGGCCGUCCUGGGAAUGGCUCAUUGCAAUGGAAUUAUGAAACUGUUGAAAGAGCAAAGAGUUUAA